AUGUUUUUUAAUUCUCAUAGGAGCACAUCUCUAGCUAUUUCGUUCUUUGGCGCAGUAUUCAACUUUGCUGUUGCAGUGCGGUUACUGGGAGCUUGGCGGCUAUUCAAAUGGGAUCCAGAAAGCGAGUGGGAGAGCUCGGAGUAUUCUAUAAGUAGAGAUGGAGUGCGCCUCGUAUGGGCGUUGCUGUGCGCAUACUUUGCUGCGGCAUCGACCAUCUGUUUCAUUGGCGUGGCAGGCAUUGUCCGAGGCAAACCAUCAUUCGUGCGCAUAUAUCGUGACUACAUUGUUGGAGAAUUCGUGGUUGGCACGUUAUUUGCAGCCUUAGGCUCUUACGUUGCCUUUCGACCGACAAUCCGCUCUAAUGUUUGCGAGCUGUUGUCACGCCAACCAGACAUACUUCGGGACUUUAUCGACUUGGGGCUGAAUUUGGAGAACUGUGAACCAUGGCUUGAACGGGGAAUGGUCGCUUUCAUGGUCAUUCUGAUUAUCAUCACCGUCAUUCGCCUUCAUUUCGUGUUGGCAUUAUCGAGUUACUAUUCCAUUCUUGUCCGCCAUCAAAGCUUCCAUCUACCAUUGCAUACACCUCGCUAUUCGGGUGCUACCGCUGGGGAAGGGGAGUUAGAGCGGAUAUAUAUCCUCCCAGCAAGUAAAGCGUCUUGCACAUCCGACCUCGAUCUACAAUUUGUAGAUGCUCCGGUUUACGCCCCAGUCCCGCUGACGCAUGUUUCUCAGGAAGUGGCGGAGGAGCUGCUUGCGAAUGCAACUGAAGCAUGGGUUUCUCGAUCACACUCAACCCAACAUGUGCGACCGCACAGCCUCUCGCCGGCCCGCUGUCAAUCUGCGGAGCUCGGUUCGGGAGCAGGUCAGACUGGUGAUCUGAUUUCGUUGGAGAAUGAAAACACUGAAAAGGCAUAA